AUGUGCUCAUCACCGUUUGUGUCCAAUCCUUCGCGUACAUCAUUCAUAGAAGAUGGAAACACAUUUGACCAAAAGCAGACGAUUUCCAAAUUCAAAUUCCAAAUCGACUCUUUAACCACGGAGAAGGAAAUAUUGAAACAAGAAAAAGAAUCAAUAAUACGUGACUAUGAAGCUCUAUUAACUAAGAAAUCAGAAGAAUACUCAAAAUUAAAAGCAAAUUUUGAUUUCACAUAUGAAGAAAAGAAGCAAUUGGAGUCGAAGCUAGUGAAUCAAUCCCAAGUUGAAAAGGGUACUAGUCACUCCUUGCGAAAAGAAAUAGAUCAAUUAAGAACAAAAAAUCAAACUCUUUCGAGCGAAUAUCGAGAUUUAGAAACUAAAUAUGAUAGACUACAAAGAAAACAUCAACAGGUUAGUUCAAACUGGAAUCAGGAAUUGAUCAUCAAGAAUGAAUUAAGAGAUGGUAUCACGGAAAAAGAACAAAUCAUCCAGCAAUUACAACUGAAAAAUGAUGAAUUGAUUAAACAAAUGAAGAGCUACUCAGAUAUUUUAAACAACAAAGACUCCUUAUCCAAUAUAAACCAAAGCUUGCUUAAUAAAAAUGCAAGCUUACAAAAAAUUAAUAACCAAUUACAAUCAAAGUAUGAUAAAUUGUUACAAACACAGAUCUCAAAUGAAGUUUUAAAAGAGAAGAAUACCACUUUAACUAAUAAACUUAUACAUUUACAAGGUGUUGAAGAAAAAUGCCAACAAUUGGACAUUGAAAAAUCCGAAAUACAAGCAAAAUUCAAUGAUUUGUUUAGAAUUUUGAAUGAGUCAAUCCAAAGCUCUGACCAAAAGGACGAAGAAACCAAUACAAUCAAAAUAAAGAAUUUCAUUCAAAUGUUUAAAGAACUGCAAGCCAGGACUUUAACUCUUCAAGAGAAGUUGGACGACAAAACACGAGAAGUGAAUGAAUUAAGAGAGUGUUUAGAAGAAAACAUGCAGCUUAUAGAAGAAGAAUACCUUCCAACCAUAGAAAGUUUAGAAUCCAACAGCAAAUCUCUAGUUGAGCAAAAUGAACAAUUGGAAAGAGCAAAAAACUUGAAUUCUCGUGAAAUUGUGUUUUUGAGAAAUCUGUUGAAAGAAUUGGAAGAAAUUCAAGCAAAGAAACAAGAGAGUGAAAACAAGACCUAUGAUAAGGCGACUGAUCAAUACCUAACCAAUUUAGAGAAACUAGUUGGAGAAUAUAAACAAGAAAUUGAGAAAUUACAAGCUCAAGUUAAUCAUCCUAACCAGCCAAGCAUUGGUAAUAAACGGCCACAUCCAGAUGAUGCAAACAAAAGACUUAGCUUUAAAUCUCAAGUUUCCGAUUUAGAAAGGGAAAAUGUUAAACUUUUAACCAAGAUUAAACAAUUGGAGUCUACUGUGCAAGAAUUAACAAACAAAUUAAGGGACACCAAUUCCUUAAAUGAAAAACGGAAAGACCUUCAAAUUUUACAAUUAAAAAAUAAUUUAGUUGCUAAAGAUCAAGCAAUUAAGAAAGAAACUUUAGAUGCAUUGAGGAAUGAAAAUCAAUGUCUAAUCGACAAGUACAUAAACAAUAAAGAAGUCGAUUCUAUCCCCAGGGCAGUUUUUGAAAGACAAGAAAAUGACAAGUCGUUGCUUCAAAAUAAAAUUAACGAAUUGAAUAGAAGAAUUACCCGAUUCAAAGAAGUGUACUCGAAAAAGAGUAAAGAUAUUUUAACAAUAAUAUCUAAAUAUUUCGGAUUUACAAUUGAAUUUCUUCCUAGUGUCACAAAUCCUAAUGAAUUAUCAUCGAGAUUAAAAUUAGUUUCUAAAUAUCUACCACCAAAAGAAAAAUCCUAUUUAGUUAUUGAUUUUGAAACUAAAGCCUUGAAGGCAUAUGGUAGUUUUGAAUUCAAAUCAAUGUGUGAAGAAAUGGCCGAGAAAUGGGUCAAAGAACAACAAGGUCAAUUUCCUUGUCUUUUAAGUGCAUUGAAUCUUAAAAUGUAUGAAUUAUAUCGUCUGUAAUCCCACCCCCUUAUUUAAUAGACAUAAUGACACAAAUUUUAGAAUUUCAGCAGGUUUCUUGUCAAAAUUCUUUAUAUCCUUUUUGAUGGAACAGAAACGAUCGCCUGUAUUAAUAUCAUCAUAACUCUCUUCAAAUUGACUCAAGAACUUAUUAACCUCGUCUUCAGAACCGUACUUUUGCAAAUAAUUAUAAGACCAACCCCAAAUAUCACCAUUUUUCCGAUCAGCUUUCAACGCACGAUCAAACCAAGCUUUUGCCUUUUGAUGAUUUCCAUCAACCCAGAAAAACACUCCAACUCCAAGCAAUAUAAUUGGUGAAUUUUCAGUUUUCUUCAUGGCAUCCAAGAAUGAUGUUUUUCUGUGGGACAUUUUCGGAAUAAGAGAAAGGUAAACCAUCCAUACUGAUGGUGAAUUAGGAAACAACUUCAAUGCUUUAUUGGCAAGUUGUCUAGCAGCAAUCAUGUCUUGUUGUCGUAUUUCAAAUUGUACCUUUGCAACUAAAAGUUCAUCACUUUUUGGGUUUUGUAAAAUUGCCAUAUCUAAAUCAGACCUUGCCCUGAUAGUUACAUUCAAAUACUUUUCGUCUAUAAGUGAUAACAUCUUCCAAACUGGAAUUGAAUUAGCACACUGCUUAACCGCUUGAGAUGCUACUUCUCUCGCAACUUUUGGAUUGUUGGAAUCAUACAAAAGAAUUUGGAUAUUUUGGAUCCAAAGUUUCCAAGAGGUAGGGAAUAUAUUCUUGGCUUUAUUUGAAAACUGUAAAGCUGUAUCCCUGUGC